ACGACUAACACUGAAAAACAGGCCCCUGACUUUGGACAGGCACAUGCAGAAUGUGGCGGGGUUGAAUUGACUAUUUUUUGGCAGAACAUCAACCGAACGAUGAUUGGAUGCUAUCGCGUACUUCCAAUAUUCAAUACAAUAAAUUAUAGUUAUUGUAAGUUGGAUCAAUAGACAGCAGCUAUCUAGUUUGGUCUUUGAGAUGAUUGAACAUUCUAGGCUUACAUUUAUAAUUUUGUGUGCAUGGAGUUUUGCAAAAUGUGAAAUGGACUGUUGGUCAAUUUAUGGUAAAAGUGAAUACAUUAUCAUGACUAACCAGGGCGGAGCGGACUAUGAAAGAGCCAUUGGAAUAUGUCAGGAUAUGAAUGCAUCACUUGUCAGUGUCCAUAGCAAAGACGAAGACAUAUACAUAGAUAAUUUAAGAGAACAAUUUGCUGGAGUCCCUGUUUGGAUUGGUAUGCGAAGUUUUGGAAUAGGUCUAGUGCAUAUUUGGUCAGACGAAACCCCUCUUGAUUAUUUGCCGAAAAUAGAAAGGAUCAGUAUGCCAUUAGAAGUUGCUUGUGUAUAUGUGUACUAUAACUGGUAUGAAGGAGAUUGUGACAAUUCUCUACAUUUUGUGUGCAAGAGACUUGCUGUAAAUUCAAGUCGGAUGUGUACCACAACAUCGCCAAUACCAACAACAAUAGUAACAACUUCCUCGAACACCAUCAAACAUUCCCACUCACAAUUUACUGGUAACAGACAAACAACUGAAUCUGAAACAAAAAGCACCAACCAAGAAUAUACCAACGAUGAACUUACAACGGAUUCAAUGCGAAGAACUCCUGACCAAAUAACUCCAACUAUACAGAAAUCCACUGAAGGUGUGAAGAUUUUACAGCAAUCAACUUUAUCUGACGGAAAGACAGAAAAUACAUUGUCGAAAGAAGAACUAUCAACAGACACCUUGUCCUCUAAGAGAGAUCAAAGUCAAAUCAGGUCAACUAUCGUCAUAUUAAAAUCGACAACGCAGAAACCAGCUCCACUUUUACCAUACGAGAUCGACGAAAAGGUCCAAGAAAUAGUCAAAAACCUCAAAAUUUAUAACUUACCUAAGCGACCGACUAGAGAGGCUCCAGGAGGAGAGGCUAUUGGGGCUGUAGCUUUGUUUAUCCUUAUUGGUAUUUUAGGUGGAAUCGUCCUGUUGGAUCUAGUCACUAUACAGAAUCAUCUAAAAUUGUUCAUGCGGAACAUAAGACGUAGACCUUAUAAAUCCAAGCGGAAACAUAUUGAACAACCUGACGAUUCAUCAGCAUCAGCACUAUCAGAAGAAACAUAUCGACGAACCGUUUGAAAAUCAUUUAUUUAAAAAGCAAAUGGAUCAUUUAUACAUUAUAUAUUGUUCAUUGCUUGUUUUGCAAAGAAGAAAGUAUUUUCUAAAUACAAGAUUUAAUUUAUCUCUGAAUAAAUAGUUAUGCUAAAUC